AUGGCAUUCGGUGGUCCUCGUGGUGGUGGCCGUGGUGGUGGCCGUGGUGCUCCUCGUGGAGGUGGUGGCGGCCGUGGUGGUAGAGGCGGUCUUGGUGCCGGUGGUCGUGGUCGCGGCGGUGGCCGUGGUGCUCCCCGCGGUGGUCGUGGUGCCCCCCGUGGCCGUGGUGGUCCUCGCGGCGGUGGUCGCGGCGGUGCUAAGGGUGCCAAGGGUGGUGCUAAGGUCAUCAUUGAACCCCACCGUCACGCUGGUGUCUUCGUCGCCCGUGGUGGUAAGGAAGAUUUGCUCGUCACCAAGAACCUUACUCCCGGAGAGGCCGUCUACGGUGAGAAGCGCAUCUCUGUUGAGUCCCCCGCUGAGGAGGAUGGCACUGUGACCAAGACCGAAUACCGUGUCUGGAACCCCUUCCGUUCCAAGUUGGCUGCCGGUAUCCUGGGUGGUCUGGAUGACAUCUACAUGCGCCCUGGCUCCAAGGUCCUGUAUCUCGGUUCCGCCAGCGGUACCUCCGUCAGUCACGUUGCCGAUAUCGUCGGACCUACUGGUAACGUCUACGCUGUUGAGUUCUCCCACCGUUCCGGCCGUGACUUGAUCGGCAUGGCUACCCACCGCACCAACGUUAUCCCCAUCGUCGAGGACGCCAGACACCCUCUUCGUUACCGUAUGCUCGUCCCCAUGGUCGAUGUCAUCUUCGCCGAUGUUGCCCAGCCCGACCAGGCCCGUAUUGUCGGCCUGAACGCCCACAUGUUCCUCAAGGAGGGCGGUGGUGUCAUUGUCUCCGUCAAGGCCAACUGUAUCGACAGUACCGCUAAGCCCGAGGUUGUGUUCGCUCGUGAAGUCCAGAAGAUGAGAGAGGAGCGGAUCAAGCCCAGGGAACAGCUGACCCUGGAGCCUUUCGAACGUGACCACUGUAUAGUGUCUGGUAUCUACAAGCGCUCUGCAUGA